UCAGUUUGUUUAUCCGCUCGCGAGCUUUUUCAGCGGAUUAUUUUAGUUAAUUUAUCGUUAAUGUGCGCGGAACAGUGUUGUUUUGCAAGACAUGUCCGACCACAGUACGAAUUUCCCACCGCGAACAUAUUCGUCGUCAUUUUACAUCAACGCUCUAUCGGAGGGCGAUAAAGCUAUAUUAGUUUCGGCUUCAGAUGAUGAGACUCGCGAUGAGGAUAAAAAGGAAGAGAAGAAUUCCCCGAUUGUAGAUUGCUUCAUUGCAACGUUUCUGUCCAGCGAUCGCAAAUGUCGAAAGAAACCUAUUGGAAAUGAUAAGUCUAGCGAUAAGGACAUCGAAGUAGCGGAGAUUUGGAAGAAGCGCGGCGGGAAGACGGUGAGGUCUCCGUCGCCCCAUAAUGCAUUCAAAAGGUGGCGCAUCAAGUCCAAUCUCAAGGCGGCCGAAUCCAAAAACGGCCUGGACGCUGCCAAAUUGGCCAUAAACUCCAAGGAGGGAAGCGAAGAGGACAUGUCUCUGCUCAAAUUCCUAGCUAUUAACGCCUUAGAUCUCAGCGCUCCAGCUAGCGACGUAUUGCUGAAGAGCCGCAGCAGUAAUUGGUUCCAAUUGAGCGGCCAUCCCGAUAGCCUGGCGCCCGCAGGACCAGGCACCGUUUGGAAAAAAAGAUCCUCGAACUCCGACGACACGGAACGCGUCGUAUACGAAGAACUCUCGCACGAUCCGAACCUGCGCGACAUCGUACCCAGAUAUUACCGCGAAGUCGAGUACCAAGGCGAGAUGUUCAUCGAAUUGCAAGACCUCCUGCACGAGUUCCAGGACCCUUACGUAGUCGACAUCAAAAUGGGCACGCGCACGUUCCUCGAAUCGGAGGUGCAGAAGACCACGGGCCGAGCGGAUUUGUACCAGAAGAUGAUCGCCAUCGAUCCGCGCGCGCCCACCGAGCAGGAGCACCAGACGAAGUCGGUGACGAAGCUGCGGUACAUGCAGUUCCGCGAGCAGCAAUCGUCCACCUGCAGCCUGGGCUUCAGGAUAGAGGCGAUGAAGUGCCGCGGCUCGCCGCCCGUCACCGACCUGAAGAAGGUCAAGUCGCGCCCGGAGGUCACCAACACGCUGGACAUGUUCCUCGGCGGACACGAGGACGUGCGGCAGCGGCUGGUGGCGCGUUUGUGCGAGAUCCGCUCGAAGAUCGAGAGCUCGGAGUACUUCAAGAAGAGGGAAGUGAUCGGCAGUAGUCUGUUUAUUAUCUACGACGAUAACAAAGUCGGCGUGUGGUUGAUAGACUUUGCUAAAACUAACAAGUUGCCCGAUGGGAAGACUGUCAAUCAUAGGACGCCGUGGGUGCAGGGGAAUUACGAGGAGGGGUUGCUUACCGGAUUCGAUAGACUGAUUUCUAUAUUAGAAAGUAUCAAGAACACUCCUCCGGAUAGUCAGAAGGAGAUGAUGAAGCAAGUGGCGGCGGUGAGCGUUAAAUCUUGAGCACAGAAGCGGCUAAUUGACAAAUCUAACCACUUAGAGUUCAGAACGGUCCUCUGCAGGACUCGAAACAGUGGAAUUUUCUCAGUGAAUGUCCGCCGAUUAAGCGCGAUGGUUUGUUGAAGAAGAAUGACCAAGACUUAAUCAGUCAAUUUUUGUAUGUCGUUGUAAAUUUGCUAUGACGCGGCCUGAGCGGCUUUUGUAUGUACGUUUCUUUUUGUAUAAUGAAGUAUUAAGCAUUGCAAUUUAUUUAAUUCGUCUAGUCAUUUCCUGUAAAUCUGAAAUGUUUAGGUAUUUAUGAUGUAGUUUUAAGUUCUUUAUCAAGCUUUUUGCACUUGGUAAUAUUGUAAUUUGUAUAUUUAUUUUGUAUUAAAAUGUAAUUUUUUAAUGUUCAUGUACUUAUGAAGUAAAGUGAAUUUUUAACCUA